GGGGUUCCCACGCUGGGUGUAGCGCAGCGGGCCACCCGUUGCGAGCUGCCGGGAGGAGGAGGUUCACGUGCACCGGGUUGAGCCAGCCAGCGGCCGCAGCGCUGCUGCACGCAGUUCUCUGUGGCCGACCGGCGCCUAGGGCUUCCGCUGGUCAGCUGACCGCCCAGUGCGGAACUGCACCACCAGCCACCCUGCUCAGUGCCGCCCCGCCUGCUGGGUCCUCUCCACCAUGGCUGGGCUCAUGGUCAGUGGAACUCAAGUGUCCUACGUAGGCCAGUACUGCAGAGAAAUUCCAGAAUCCCUGGGCCGGGACUUUGGACAUUUUGCAAAGAGGCUUGACCUGAGCUUCAACCUCUUGAGGUCACUGGAAGGACUGAGUGCAUUCAGGAGCCUGGAGGAGCUCAUUUUAGACAACAAUCUGCUCGGAGACGACCUCGUGUUGCCAGGGUUACCCCACUUGCACACCUUAACCCUCAACAAGAACCGAAUUACCAACUUGGAGUACCUCCUGGAUCACCUGGCAGAAGUGACACCAGCCUUAGAGUACCUCAGCCUGCUGGGAAACGUGGCAUGUCCCAAUGAGCUGGUCAGCUUGGAGAAGGACGAGGAAGACUAUAAGAGAUACAGGUGCUUUGUUCUGCACAAGCUGCCUAAUUUGAAGUUUCUGGAUGCCCAGAAAGUCACCAGACAAGAACGGGAGGAGGCAUUGGUCAGAGGGGCCUUCAUGAAUGUGGUGAAACCCAAGGUUUCCAAUGAACAGGAGGCUGCUCCUCCUGAGGAGGUCCACCCCCAGUACACACCCUUGCCUUCUGGAUCCAGAGAACUCACCAGUCACCGAGAUGUUCAAUUUGUUGGUAUAUCUAGUUGGAUCGACCUGACUUAUGGAACCGUUUCCACAGUGAAUGUCACAGCUACUGCUUGACUGUGAUGGAGGCUUCUGUUACACUGCCAUCGAGGGACACACCUACUAACUCACCAGUAUGAACCUUCAAAUGUAGAACUAAAAUCAUUUCACUCUGCUUAAAACUCACAGAGACUACUUACCCUUCCCAUAGUUAAAUUUCCAUGGCCUACAGUACCUCACUCAUGUCAAUGUCUUUUGACAACUUUAUAAAAUUGGUCAAUACUGCUUUUGAAUCUUAUACCUGUUGAUAUAUAGAAAGUUUGUAGAUUAUUUCCAUAAUUUUUGUGGUUCAUCCACACCAACUGCAUGAUGUCUGAGGCAUAUGCCAUAAAAGCAGAUGCCAAUAAUAGAAAGAGAAAAUGUUCCUAAGAGAACAAAAAGCAACUGCCUAAUAGGAACUAAGAGGGCAUUCUAUGAAGAUCAGAAUGUGCUGCCUUUUGAGCCUAACUUACCACACUCAUUCCUUCCUUAUUUUAGAGCCUCAUGAUGCUGCCUCAGGGCCUUUGCUCUCUCCAGUUCAUCUCCUGACAGCUGCAUGUCCUGACUCUACCCUACAUUCAGGUCCCUCUGACAGGGAUCCUGUGAUCAGAACGGCUUCUCUUGGUUGCAUAUUUCACAAAACACCUUCUGCUCCUUCAUUAUUCCUCUUUAUCUUAUUCCAUUAUUCCUGUUAUAACACUUUCUAUCUUUAUUAGUAGAGAAACUGCAAAAAUGGAACCUCUGACUGUUGUUUUCUUCUCAGUGGCUCUGAUAAUUGAACCUAGGGCCUUGGAUAUGGUAUCUAAGCACACUACUACCAAGCAACUGUUCAGUCCUGAUUCUGAGGCCCUCAUUCAACAUCAUACAUGAGAAUUUAGAGCAGUGUAGACUUAAUGAGUAUCAGUUGAACAAGAAAGUUCUUAAUGUAGACCAAGAAUACUGCAGAUGUUUCUGUCCAGAUUGCUAAAUAUAUUAUAGAAUCUUCCCACCUUACCUCCUCCUUUCAAUCAUUUGUAUGUGUUUCCCACAAGGGGGAUUUGAUCAGUCAAGUUUAAACAAGUAAUUCCAAAGAUUACCCCAUGCUUUGUCUUUAAAUAGCUCCCGGGUAUGCUUGGCCUAUUCCUAGAAAUCUAGCUGAACAUCAAGCAGAGCCUCCAGUGCCUGCAAUUUGCCUCUCUCUCAUUCUCUUUUUAAAUAAACUCAGAAUUACUUCCUUUUUAUUAACUUCUAGUUCACCAAGUUUCUCUUUAACUGUGAAAAUCUAUUGAGUGUUUUGUUUGCCUCUCCUCCCCCGAACCCCCUUCCACAACUUUCCCUUACUCAAGAGUGUUACAGGCUGGUCUUGUACUUGAGGCAUUACUGCAUCUGCUUCCAUGAUAUGCAAACACUUUACACUUUUGUCUUUCUAACCACAGUUAGGGUAGCCCUUACUCCUUAUCAAUGAAACUUUACUUUGCAACAGACGGAGACCAUUACAGAAAACCACAACCAAUCAAAAUGCAGAGUUGUGAAACUGAUAUAAAUACACCACAGCUGUAUCAGGAGAGGCUCCAUGAUCUUUGUGGAGGAGGGGGCUGAAAGAGCAGAGAGGUUCAGGGAGUUUGCUGUAGAAUGUCAGAAACUACAUCCAUAAAGCCUCAUCAACAUGGCUACCUACAUAAGGGCUGGGAAAAAACAAUAGACAUGCUAAUGUGGGUAGGAAAAGCUGAGGAGGCCUCAACCCUAAACAAUGAAUUGCAGGCACCAAGGAAUGCUGGGAUGGGAGAAGAAAUAGUCUUCUCCAAGUUUCCAGUACCAAACAGUCAUUCCUGAAAACACAUACAUUCAAGUAAAACUAUACAGUCUGAGGGUGUUGUAUUUAUAUAUUUAGUGGUGUGUGUGUGGGUGUGUGGGUGUUUGUUUGUGUGUGUGUUUGUGUGUGUAUAGCAUCAGUAAAUAAAAAAGGGGGGCUGUGAAUUUGAAAGAGAGCAGGGAGGGGUAUGUUGGAGGGUUUGGAGGUGGAACACAGAAGGGGAAAGCUGUGAUUAUAUUUUAAUUUUUAAAAAAAUGAAAAAAACUACAACAGAUACAUGCAUAAAAAGAAUACUUUCAUAGACCUGGAAACUAUUAAAAAGCAUUAAACAGAAAGUAUUUAAUAAAGAAAAGUAAGUACAAGAAGUAAUUACAGCUAACAUCUCAGAGUGCUGAUAUCUUGUCAAUGUACAAUUGACUGAAUAGGGUUCAUGCUAUGUAUUUAGUUUUAUAGCCUUCUAUUUUAAACCAGACAUUAUAGGGUGGAUUUACCACACCAUUAAAUAAUCUUCAGAAGCAAUUUUUUUUAACAGCUCCUUAAUGCCCCACCAUAUGGAGGCACUAUAAAAACAUAAAUCAUCCAAAUUUUAAAAUAUCUCUCAGCAUAAAUUAACAUAUAAUUAGGAAGCAAGAGAGUAUGAAUAUUUUAAGGCACUUGAUACUUAGUUAAAUAUUACUAUCCAAAUAUGGAAUUUCUAACUUAUGUUCUAGUGGCAGCACCCUUCUCCAGCCAGAACUAUUAUUUUUCUAACUCGUUGGAUGAAAUGUUAUUUGUGCUUUGAAAAAUUUCUGUAACUGCUCUUGUUAAUUCUUAAUAUCUAAUAAAUACAUUUUUUUCUCUAGAAAACUCUAGGUUUCUUUCAUUUCUCAGUUUCUCAGAGGAACCAGAUUUCAGAUUUUCUCUUUGUCAUAAAUCUUACUUCUAUAUUUCUGAGCAUUUUUUUUUGCAUUUAUGACUCUUAAGCUCGAUUGCUUAAUUAAUCAGUUUUAACUGUCUCUCAUGUGUUCAGAGCCUUGUGUGCUCUGCCAUUAUUGCUUCUGUAAUUAUUUCUGCUGUUUGUAUCUAUAAGCUUUGAUGUGAAUACUCUUAUUUUCAACAUAAGCGACCACUGAUUCUCAAGUCCUCUUUGAUCCAAUGAUUCUUUAGAAAAUAUACAGAUUUACUUUAAUUUUUUGAUUGAAUGUUUGUUUUCUAGUAUUCUUUAACUUAGAGAAUGCUGUUAUGUUUUUUCUCUAAAUAUAUUUUUUCAAAUGUGCAUCAAAAUGAACUAACAGAUCUUUAAAUGCCUUUGAACAUUUUCUUCGUACAGGACACAAGACCAUGGAUACUCACUUACAUGAGAUUCAAAAGUUUCAUUAUUUUUGUUUAUUCUUUCAAUGGCUGAAAGUAGAUGUUUCUCAACUCAUUCUUGUAGUUUCUGCUUUAUAUAGGAUUACAUCAUAUGUGAUCAAAGUUAUUUGCCUGGAGUCUUAGGGUUUCUAUUGCUGUGAUGAAACACCAUGACAAAAAAACAAGUUGGAGUGGAAAGUAUUUAUUUGUCUUAUACUUUGCACAUCAAUGCUCAUCAUUGAAGGUUGUCAGGACAGGAACUCAAACAAGGCAGGAACCUUGAGGCAGGAACUGAUAUAGGCUAUGAAGGGAUACUGUUUCCUUGGUUGCUCCUCAUAGCUUGCUCAACUUGCUUUCUUAUAGAACCCAGGACCACCAACUCAGCAGUGUCAUUACCCACCAUGGACUGGGCCAUCCCCCAUCAAUCAACACUUAGGAAAUUGCCCUACAAGCUUGCCUACAACCAGAUCUUGUGGAAACAUUUUCUUAAUUGAGAUUCCUAUGUCAAGUUGCUGUAAAAAUAUCUAGUGCACCCAUACUCUCUUCAAUGCACAGGAUUCCUUUUUUCUGUCACAAAUAUCUUUACCUAGUUUAUUGUUUCCUAAUUGUUUGUCUCAGUGAUCAUUAUUUUUAAAAAAUGCCUACCCUAGUUAGAGCUUCUGGAUUUUCAUUAUAUAUGUUAUUAUAUAUAUACAUACAUACAUAUAUAUAUAUAUAUGGUGCAGGUAUGUGCAUAUGAAUACACAUGCCACAGAGGUGAAAAGAGAGUAUUAGAUCCCCUAGAACUGGAGUUAUAGGACCAUGUGAACAGCCUGACUUGGCUGCUGGGAACUAAACUUGUCCUCUGCAUCAGCAGUGUAUAUUUUUAACCACUGAACUGUCUUUCCAGCCCUGUUUGCCAUUGUUGCUUUUGAAAAUAUAUUCUUAAGUACUAUUAUUUCCAUUGUUAAAUUACUUUUUAAUGUCUUUAAAGUAAUUUAGGGUAACCGUUAGAUUUUGUAACAUAAACUAUUAGAAAAAUUCACACAUUUAUAUCAAGUGCUAGAUUAUAUUCUUGGAAGUAAUGUUACCACUGUGGGUGAUGCUUCUUUCCCCUUUCCUUAUAUUCCUGGUUUGAUCCAUUUGAUCUUUUGUAGGAAUUUGUAAGAUUUAAAGUCUGUCAUUAAUUCUACUAAUAAUUAUCAUUGUCUUUAAAAAAUGCACACUAGAAUCCAAAUUUGAUCAAACUCUACUAUGAGAAAUUCAAAUUCAGUCAGCUUCCCACUACUUUCUUCUACUUGGUAUUUACUACUUUUGAUUCCUUCUCUCUCGAAUUAUGGUAUUAAAUUAAAUAUUUUAAAAUUUUACUUGUAAUUGGCAAGGAGUAUUGUCUGUAUGCACUAUACAAUUUGAUGCUUUGAUAUGAUAUUUACCAUGCAGAAUGUUGAAAUAGAGCUAGCUAACAAAGCUAUCUGCUCGACUAUUUUUCAUAGUUUGUGGUGAAAGCAUUUAAAAUUCAGUCAGCAAUCUUGACAUAUACAGUGCAUUGUUAACUAUCCUAUUCUAUGCAUUAGACUGUUUCUCAUCUAAUCAAAACUGUAUACAUUUUGGUUGUUAGUUCCACUUUCCUGUCCGCCCAUCAACUUUGUGUGGUAAAAUUCUUAUUAGCAUAAACAUAUUUGUAACCUUUAAAUUCUACUUUCUGACCAUUUUGCAAAAUCUACUCAUGUAGUCUAAAGAGUUAACUGUUGUCAAAGUUCUUAUCCAUUUUCUUUCUGUUUUAACAUGGGUUUCUGUAUUCAUUUUUUUCCAUCAGUUGAUUAUUUCCUGUGCUAUUUUAGGACAGGAAGAAGGAUGGUUAAUCCCUCAUGGUCUUAAACUUGGCAUAAUAUCUUCUUAAUUACAUUUUUACAUGAAUAACCUGGUUAUACAUCUCCUGAGUUCAUGUCUCCAAUCACUAAUCUUUACAGAUUAUGUUACUGUCUUCUGAACAGGCAUAUACAGCCAUAUUUUUGUGUACUUGAGAAGCUUCUUCCAAGGUUUUAAGUUUACCAUCAAGAUUUAAAACAGAAUGAAAUUUCACUGGUGUUUUAUUUAAUGUUUUAUUUUAUACAGGCAUGGUGGCUCGCACCUGUAAUCCCAGCACUCAGUAGACAGAGACAGGUGAAUGGAUCUUUUUAAGGUCAAACCCAGCUAGAUCUGUAUAGCAAGUUUUAGGACAGAGAAAUAGAGAGAGACCCUCUUUCAAAAGAGAAAGAAAAGAAAAGGGGGCUAGAGGAGACAGACAGAGACAGACUGACAGAGAAAGACAGAGAAACAGAAAGGAGAAAAAAAAAUAACAUUUUUUUCUCCUGAAGUUCCUUGACUUUAUUCCCAAUUAGUAUAUAAGACUUAAGAGGUAUUGUAUCCUUCUACUGAUAUUGCUGUUUUAUUAAAUCACUGAUGUUAACUUUUAUGUUGUCCCAAUUUCUGUCAUGGUAAUAUUUUUCUCCAAUUUAGUUUAAAUUAUCUUUCAUGUCUAUUUUUAUUUCUCUUUCUCACUUAAAUAUUGAAAAAUACUCUUAAUUUGUGUACUCUCCUCUCUCUCUCUCUCCCUCUCUCUCUCUCUCUCUCUCUCUCUCUCUCUCUCUCUCUCUCUCUCUUUCCCUCUCUCUCUCUCAUCUCUUAUCUCUUAUCUCUUAUCUCUCAUGUGUAUAUGUGCAUGUGUGUGUGUGCAUGUAUAUGUGUCAGUGUUGCUUCUGGUUCCAUUUUCUAUAAUUUGGUGCUCAUUUUCAGCAUACCCAUGAGGUUUCUUUCUAUAAGUACCACCGUAACAUAAGCAUCUUCUCUAUCACCUUUGCCUUCAUCUCAGAGCAGCUUCUCCUUCAUCAUUCCAGUCCAGUUGUGCAGUUAGUAUUUUCUUAUGUUGUGAGGACAACUAAGAUGAUUCUGAAACUUUCUUCUAGCUUACCUGAGUUCAGGUCCUUAUUUUACUCAAGAACUUCUUUCAUGGAUGCCAUGGUUCUGUAGACAUCAAGGUGGCCAGACAUAUCUGUGAUUUCUCUCUGUUCAUCUCAGGUCUUUGAGGAAUUCUAACUCUGGCACUGUGUAAACAUGCUUGCUCUGGCCCACUCUUAAGUGGCAAGAGUCUUGGAAUUUGGAGAGAUAUGAAUCAAAUUAGGGUCACGAUUGUGAAGCAUUCCUCUGUGAUUCUUGAAAAUGAGUUUUGAGAAUGCUUUUACUAACACUUGGGCAUAUUGAACAAGAAAGGAAUUCAAGCGACCUUUGGUUUUCUUGUGAUCAUUGUUCAUAAGGAUCAUCUUCUCCAGUAGCUGCUUUUCUAGGGCUCCUCUUUACCCCUUUAUAAUUUUACAUCAGAGAAAUAACCUGUCUCUAACACCUUCUUCUGUUUUUGAUUGUUUAAUUGAGGCAGUAGAAUAUAGAUUAAUUUAUUUUCACAAAGGGAAGCUAAGGAGAUUGAGGUAGAUAAUGGGAUCCUAACCCUGCAAUUCUUAUAGAUGAUCAUUUAGCAUCAGACUGACCAUGAAGUGGGUGGUGCCUUACAAUCAGAUCAGCUAAUGUGACACAUGCCUACUAAUUAUAUUUGGUCUGUACAUAAAUAAAAGUGAGCAUAGUGUUGAAGCCUCCUGUUCUAGGCCAGAUCCUCUGACUGCAUAGGGCACCUGGGAAGGCUCUCUGUGGACACCAAACCCCUCAUUUAAAUAGAAGAGCUGCACUUACCAACUCUUGUUGACCCCAAAUGUUUGACAGUCGAUAAUAAAAAUUUGGGACUUUCCCAAAGGUGAUGCCAAAGUUAGUAUGACAAAAGAAUAGCAAGGAAAUAACCCAUCAGACAAAAACCAGAACAGAGAGUAUAAGAGGAAGGGGUUCUGGGAAGGGGUGCUGGAAGCCAUAGCAGCAGCAGGCCUAUGAGAAAAUAGAAUGAGCCAGCAGAAAGUAGGGUCAGCCCAAGAUAGAAAAGCAAUUAAAGUUGGAUAUAGACUUUGGAUUUUUCCAAAUUUUAUGUGAAAGUUUUAUGGAAAGAGUGUUGCAAAAGGUAAAUUACAUACUUUGAUUUAUGGACACUGAAAGGUCAUAUACCUAAUUGAUUAAUUAAUUAGAUAAGCACACAUUUAACAAAUAACUCCAACAUUGUAGACACUGUAGCAGGGUUCUCUCCUAGGAGUCUCAAGUCCUCUUCUGUGACAUAUUUUCAUUAUGUCUUGAAACUUCUCUACUAGGCAGUAAGCAUGUCUGGCCAUACAUUUCUGCAUAUUUGACUUUACUAUGUCUUAUAUGGUUCCUGACCUCUGAAUGGCUUUAAUUCGAAUAUGUUUAGUAGAUGAAAGAUCACUGACACUCCAUCCAUUCACAGAGGUCUCUGGAAUCAUCUCUGGAACUAUUUCUGAACUGUUACUUUGUCACUAUCAACUAUGACCAGGAUUUCAAUCCAGUCAAAGACCUAGAAUGCUCUUCAAGAACUAUGACUAAGAUGCAAAUUUUGUUUUACUUAGGCUGAGUCUACUAUUGUCUAUUGUCUAUAGGCUGUCUUGUGCUCUACAAUGCAGAUGCCAGUUUAGCCAUGCUGACAAGAAUUAUUGAGUUGCUCACAAGUCACUAAAGUGUGUGUAGAUUCAAACAGAGCCCUCUAUCUCUACUCUGUGUUCUACAAUGUACAUGGACUUCUCUUAAAGUAUAAUCCAAGAUUUCUAAGAGUGGAACAUCUGUUUUACUUUGAGGUGGCUAUGAUAAGCAUCUGUUUGGAGGAAUGAUCUGAACACAAUCAGAGUACAUUUGUUUGGCACAUUAGGGAUUAUCUAGUCUUACAUUGUUUAUGAAUAAAUCAUGCAGGCUGAACGAACCAGUAACCACAACAGCAUGCUCCGUAGUGGGUUUAUAACAUAAGUUGUAGCACUUAUAAUUUUUUUUCUUUCCUGUACACACUAAAAAAUUUAUGUUUUAAGUAGGUGAUAGCACAGACUUUCACUGUAGCUCAGCAGCUUGGUAUACAGAUUCCAUAAAUUCCUUCCUUAAAUCAGAACCUAACUGAGUGUUUGAGGGUCCCAGUGUUCACAACUCUUCAUUUGAGAGUUGUUUGAGUCAAGUACAAAAUCCUAGUGUUUUAUAAAAAGAAGGUAGCACGAUCUAUGUGUAAGUGUGUAUAUACCACAUUUAUUAUUUUUUAUUUAUUUUUAUAUUAUUUACAUGUAGGGGCUGAUGACCUGGGUUAGUCAUUAAAGCACUUGUUAUAUAAGAUUGAAGACCUGAGUUCAGGUCCACAGUAUGUACAUAAGUAGCAGAGCAUAAACAUGCAUGGUUGUAACCCAGAACUGAAGAGGUUAACAGGUAGAUCCUUAGAGCUCAGUGGCUAACCAGCCUAGCCAAAUCGUUGAGUUCUAGCUUCAGUGAGAGACUCUGUUUCAAAUAGUAAGGCGGAAGGGGAUCAAGACAGCUGACAUUGACCUCUGUUACACACUAACACACACACACACACACACACACACACACACAUACAUCUGUAUAUACACACUAGAACAAGUAGACAUACAUAUACACUUAACUCAAAAAAUGAGUUUAAAUUCUUAGAAUUCAUUGCCAAAAUAACUAUAAUGAAAGUUCAGAAAACCACAGAAAUUUAAGUAGACAUAUAGUAGCCACUUUCAACUGAGAGCUACAUCUUCACACCCCUGACUACCACUAGGAUUUAACAUGAGGCUUCAUCUAGAAGCACAGCAUUUUAAAUUCUUCAAUGUGUUGUAAAUUAAACAGUUUUUUAGGGUAAAUAAUCCAUGAUAUGGAACACAAAAAUAGUUUUUAAAAAGUUUGAAAUAUUGUAAUAAGAACUCUAAUCUUAGAGUUGGAGACAUUGCUUAGCAAUUAAGAUAACCGCAUCACAAUCAUCCAUAACUUCAAUACCAGAGGAUCUGAUGACCUCUUUGGCUUCCAUGGGAACCACACACACACAUGGUACUCAGGUAUACAUGCAUGCAAAUACUGUCAUGAAUAAAAUAAAAGUAAAAAAUAACUUUUUAAAAAGAACUCUAUCUUCACUGGUAUGUAGAAGGCCAAAAUUGAACUAAGAUAAACCAUCUAUCCAUUCAUUCAUCCAUCCAUCCAUCCAUCCAUCCAUCCUCUAUUAUCAAAGCAGCAAUAUAAAUAAGAUUGCAACUGUACUAGUCUUUGCCACAACUUGCCUAUCCUAAAACAAACAAACAAACAGAAAACACAGAAAUAAUGAGCAAUUGCUUUUUAAAGGCAUAGUUUUCCUUUAAACACACAGGACUGAAAAUGUAAACUGUAGGUGAUUUUGGUCUGCAUUCACUCAACUUGAGUCAAGCUGCUCCUUCUUCUUGGCUUUGGCCUUCUUUCCUCUGUAGUUUCCAUUUCCUUUUUCUGAGCCAGCUGUGUGGGUUUCCCUGUUAUGUCCAAUGACAGGGUCGACUUUUCUGGAAACUGCUGCGACUAUUCGUAAUCUUCUAGCUUUGCUGACUAAGUACUUGGGAUGUUUCACAGAAACAGGAAGAAGGUUGGGUUUGCUGGGAAAAGGACAAAUGUGGGUGGGGUUUCCAUGUUUCUCCUUGAUGGACAAUCCAGGGUAGGAGACAGCCCAGUUGCCUGUCUCCUGUCUUUUUAUUCCUUGAAUGUUGGAAGAGUAACCACAGAGAAUCUGGGAGGGUUAAUUUAGAGUGUGAUUUCCUCACCCACCCUGGUAUGCCAAAUUAGAGAGGGCCAUUAAAGUUCAUGUUGUCCUGCCUACCACUGGAGUCAGUUUGAGAUGAAGUCUGGAGUGGAGGGGGAGAGAUUUUGUUUAUAGAAGAAAUGUCUCCUGGAAUCGAAAAUCAUUUCCUGCCUUUCAAAGAACCUCCUCACUGCUCCAGCACUGCCAAAAUAGAGUGAAAGGUGGUGUUGAAGGAUAGUAUUCCAACUUUUCACCCAAUGCCCAAGUUCCUUGGGGAUUGUGGAAACAAGGUAUAUUAUAGGUAAUAGAUUGAGGCAGAAUUCUAGUUUUCAAGUGCUAUUUGUCUCCAAGUUCCUCCUACACGAAUCCUACAUUUUGCUAGUUACCUUUCCUGCUGAGUCUUCAAGGAGGAGUCUACUUAGGGGUUAAUGUAGAGCAGAACCAAACUUUAAUGCUGUUCAGGAACUUUAGGAAUGUAUCUGAACACAAACCUUGAUGGGUUCCUAUGGCUUCUUUUCCCUUAAAUAGUUUAGCUAACAGGAUAGAAUCUGCUGACUCAGAGCAAGCCUACUUUAAGAAGGCCCAUUCACCUAUCUACUCUAUCCUCCACCCUCCAAACAAAUCUAUGCUCCAAACCGAAAAUAAACAUUUGUUGUACAUCUGAUCUUCACACACCAGGUAGCAGUAGAUGAGAGCAUAAGAGCUACUAUCUGUCUUCCCUGAGUGUGUCACAAAGAAGAGCAAGUACGUAUCUCAGACCUUCCUACCUAUUAUGUGGAAGAAUCAGACUGAAAAGAAAGCUCCAAACAGAUGUGCUCUGUUAUUUGGGUGUAUGGGGAGCCACUUUAUUGAAUGUGGACCCAGGGAGUCCAGUUGUGAAAACUGUGUUUUUGUUUGUUUUUGUGGGUUGUUGUUGUUCUUGGUUUUUAGUUAGUUGGUUGGAUGGUUUGGUUUGGGUCAUGGAUAACAACCGUAUAGGCUCACAACCACUGUGCCAGUGCUCUACCACUGACCUAUGCCCUGAAUUUAACUAUGUGAAUGGUAGUGUAUGGAACCUGAGUUGAGGGACUGGAGAGCUGGAGACCACCCCCUGUCAUCUAGCUUCUACUUUGUUCUUGAUUCCACCUAAAGUAAGGGGCAGUAGCUGGAUUCAACAACCACACUGAGAUGUAUGGGUGGAGGUCAUCUUCCCACUAUUUGCCUUUAAUUCAUUAGUUAUAGCAAGGAAGCCUGCCCAGAACAUUGUGUUACUCUAAAGUUUUACCAUAGAUGUCAAAGAACAUGCUAACAUCUACCAUCUACUAAGUUCUCACAGGAAACAGAACAUACUAGGAAGUUAAACUCCUGAACUGAAGCUUGCCAAGCCACCAGAAAAUAACAGCAGAGGACCAUGCAUGGCAGUAUGCCCAGGAAACAUGCAUUGCACAGGUCCUUGCUAAACAACACAUCUUGAGAGCUUUCAGAGGAACAUCUUUCUCUGAGUUGAGGUACUGCUUUACAUUGGGCAGCAACUUAAAGGAAGUGUUUGUUUCCUCUAUGGACACAGAAGUCAAGGAGAGGGCUUUUGUGAAAGUUGCACUUAUAGUGAAAGGAUGGUAGAUCUGAGGAGAAGCUGAGAUAUGGAGUUAAGGUCCAACAAAUCAGAAUCCAACCCUGUGUUCAGAAAAGUCCAGCUUGUUUUGGCCACCCACCUGUGGUCCAGAGAUCUUUUAUUUUUCCUGGUUCUCAAAAAAAAUUCUUAUUUAUUUAUUUAUUUAUUUAUUCAUUCAUUCAUUCAUUCAUUCAUUCAUUCAUUAUUGUCCUUCUACUUCCUUUUACCACUCCUGUUUAUUAUGGUCUUGAAAUUUUCAGCCUGUAAACAGAACUUGGCUGAUGUUUGUUGCUUUCAUUUGUGUCUUCAGUUUAUAGAGGAAGAUAAUGGCCAAGAUGAAGAGAUAGCCAUUGAAUAGCUUUCUCACUGUUGCUUGAACUGUCACCUUACCUCUGACUUGACUAUUUUCUUGUACUUCCUUGGUCUGGAGACAGUCAGAGUGACAUUUGUGGCCACUAGGAAUCUCGCAGCCAACCACUAGACUGAGAACAGGCUCCCCAAUAGAAGAAUUAAAGAGAGGACCGAGUAGAUGAAGGAUUUUGCAAUUCUAUAGGAAGAACAACAAUAUCAACCAACCAGAUACCCCAGAGCUCCCAGGGACUAAACCACCAACCAAAGAGUAUACAUGGAGCUACCUGUGGCUCCAUAUGUAGCAGAAGAUGGCCUUGUCUGGCAUCAAUGGGAGGAGAAGCCCUUGGUCCUGUGAAGGCUUGAUGCCCCAGUGUAGUGGAAUGCCAGGGUGGAAAGGUGGGAAGGAGUGGCAGGUGGAUGGGAGAGCACCCUCAUAGAAACAUUAGAAGGGGGAAUAGAAUAGGGGGUUUCUAGAGGGGAAGGGAAUAAUAUUUGAAAUGUAAAUAAAGAAAAUAUCAACAACAACGAAAAAGAAUCAUCAAGGCUCUGGCCUGAGUACCCUUUCAUGCUGUCUUUAUUGCAAACCAAUAUGAUUCUGGGACCUAUUUCCCAUCUGAAGAGACAGUUUGUGGUUUUAAAUAUUUUCAAGCUCAAUGCCUUUCCUUUCUCUUAUCUGUGUCAGCUUUAGUUCAGCUCACAUGUGAUAAGCCCUAUUAUUCCUAGAUGUUGGUUUGUGACUUCACACUAACAUUUGCUACCCCAUAGUCAGUGCUCCUGGAACACAUUUUACAUCAUUCACAGACUUGUUUAAAGCACUUGAGUUGUUCAAUGUUCUUGUUCCCAGCCGAGGCUGAACAACAUAAUAAUCUGCUCCUUGUCUUGGCUCUCAGACUGUCAACCAGAGUCCUUCCCACUGGUAUACAUACCUGCUGUGGUUUUCACAGUGAUUUGGGUUGAUCAUUUUGCCCUUUAAUAUUGCCCAGCUGUAUCAAUAUGCAACAUACUAACCCCAAGCUGAUGAUGGCAGGUUGUGUCCUUGUGAAGCAACACACAAUUUGAUUGACUAUUGAUCAUAUAGGAGUGACUAUGCUGCUGACUGUAAGCUUGAUUAGUAAAUCAAGAUAGUAUAUAAAGUAAGUUUCACAUAAAAAUCAAGGUCAUAACUUUUGUGUGUGUAGGGGGCAUGCAUGAGUGUGGUGUAUGCACAUGUGCAUGCCUGUGGUUAUGCACGUAGAGGUCAGAGGUUGACAACAGGUUUAUGCCUCAAUACUCUCCAUGUUGUUUUUGAAACUGGAUCUCUCAUUGAACCUGGAGCUCAACUAUUUGGCCAGACUGGCUAUCCAAUAAACUCGGGAUCUCCCUGUCUCUCCUCGAGCCCUCCUUCCCCCACGUUGGAGUUUCAAAUACACGAUGCUAUAUCAGACUUUCAUAUUUGGAAUUAAAACUCAGGUCUUUAUGUCUGAGGAGCAAGCUCUUUCUGAACUGAGUCAUCUUUCCUUGAUAUCUUAAUCGUCUAAUAAAAAAUACUGUGAUCAGAGGAUUCCAAGGACCUAAGCAUGCAUUUCCCUAGCAGUAAUGGCUCAAUAUUUGCCAUAGAAUUAACUACCACACACAGGAGGACUCAAUAGUAAAUGUUCAUAUUAGCUAUGAUGAUGAUAAAUAUUAGAGACCUCCUGUCUUUGGGAAGCAUCAUUUACUGAGGAGAAGGCAUGUUAUCUGAGGGAAAUGAGUGGGUUCUCUCUCAGCCUGGAUCUUCCUUAACAAGCCUGAUAGAAAUGCAUAAUUUCCUAGGCCAUUAAACUUGGACCAAAGCUUGUUUUUCACAACCCUACUGCUUCCCAAACUGCUGGCUGUUUAAUUUAAAAAAAGAAAGAAAGAAAGAAAGAAAGUUGGCUUCACUGUUGUGUAUACAUUUGCUUUCUGAACUUCUAUGGAGGAGAGUCACCCCUCUCCUCCAGACAAGGGUGGGUUGUUGGAUUUUAUAUUCUACCUUGACACUGCAAUAAAUCUAUGGAGCUGCAGUGGCAGCCUGCAUUGGAUAUGCAAUACUGUUUCAUUUCUAAUAACAAUCAAUCUUUGGUGAUCUUGCUUUUAAUUCUUUUAGUUUAGUGUAAAAAUUUAGAUGAAUUAAAAUGGCUUGUUGAUAGCUUAUUUGGAAAAAAGUGUAUUGAUACUUUAGUCAAAUUCUGUUAAUCAGUUGUUUUGGCCAUGUUACUAUAAUGGGCACAGAACCAACAUAACACUUGUAUUUAUUGAUAAUCAGACCCAGGUAUGGAUAGCCUGACUUAUUCUCUUAGAUGACUGAUAUAUCAGGACUUAAUCAUCUGUGUGCAUACUUUUAAGAAAUAGCCUCAACUCUAUACCAUAUACAGAUGUCCUGUGAUCAUCACAGUGGGGAAUGGCUGUCUGGUCAGGCACAGAGCUGCUCUGGCCUAAUUCUGUGACUUCUUUGGCUUGACACACCUAUGAAGCCAUUUUCCCCAGCCUAUAAACCCAGCCUGAGAUGUUGCAGUCUACCACUCUUCUGGUGGUGAAUUCCAAGUGUCAAGACGAAAUAGCAAUGAGUCAGUGAGAUGUCAAGGCUCUCUCUGGCCCCUACUAAGAGCCUAGCCAGACACACAUUUCUUAUUCCUUUUGGUAAAUAGACUGAGAUUUGGUAUGAUUCAAUGAACUAAAAAAUACCCCCUGCUCAGCGUUCGUCUUGGCCAGCUAAUUGCAUGAAGCUUAACAGAUCCUCUACACACAGGACCAAAUAAGGGCUGGCUGGAAAUCAAAAUCUCCUUGCCAAGCACUUUUGAUUUUCCAAAAGAAUUGUAAUGUUCCUGGAGAUGUUUAUUAAUGGAAAUGGGAACUUUGGAGAUGAGGGCAAAGUCCCACAGAUAGAUAGUGUGUUAAGCAGUGUUUAUUAUUUUUGACUCCAGUGUUUGAAAGCUCUCCAUCCCUCUCCUUCCCCCCCUCAAAAGGAACUUUCUCCACUACUUGGGACUUUCUAUGGAGGUGGGGUUCAGGACCUCAUGGAGAAAUCUGAAUCAUUACACAGAAUGUUAAUGAACCCUGGAUUUUGCCUUUCUGUUCUGCAUUUUCUGUGCCCCCAAAUACAAAAGCUAAUUAGUGCACCCAGAGAAGCGUUAAAUGGAUUUCAUGCUGGUUAAUAAAUGCUUUCCGUGCUUUGGUGCCACUGCAGUGUGUGUGGUGGAGAGUUAGGAUGUGAGAAAAGAGGUUUGCUGUUAGGCAAGCAUUUGAGAUGCUUGCUUAUAGCUCAGGUGCUUCUUGCUUCACUCAACUUUCCCUCUUUUCCUCCUCCAUUGUUCUCCUGGGCUUUGUCCCACAGGCCUGUUUUCCAUAGACAGUUGCCUACCCUUAAGGAGUCAGAAAUCAUAGGUAAUGGAUGGUCACUGGAUGCUCUCUUUGUGUUGUAGUUUGGUUAUGAAUUGUCUCCAUAGGCUUAAGCAUUUGCACUUAAUUUCCUGAUGGUGGUACUGUUCAGGAAGGAUCUUCUGGCAGGGGUGGGGUGGAGGCUCCAUGGCAUAAGUGAGUCUUGGUCGGCAAGCCUUGAGGCUUUAUAGUCUGGCUUUGUUUCCUAAUUAAUUGUUCUUUGCUUCCAGAACAUGGAUACAAUGUGACCAGCCAGCCUCCUGGUCCUACCAUCAUUUCUAUCUUGUUUGCUGCUAUGUCUUCCCCACUAUGAUGCUCCUUCUGGAACCAUAAGCCUUUUAUCCUUAAGUUACUUUUGACAAAGUAUUUUUAUCAAAGCAAUGAGAAAGUAACUCAGAUUUUGCAGUGAGCUCAUAAAGGAGAUGAAGAGCUUAUAUUUGGGGCAGGGCAGAAAAAACAUACAACAUUGGAUACUCUUACAGAAUAGGAUCUUAAUCCAAAAUUAAAAUCUCCCACCACCUAACAUCUUAUUUAGAUAUUGGUCUGUGACAUCUGCCUUAAAGGCUAGUCUUCCUUGUCUUCUUCUACGUUUGUGGUUGUCAAACAUUUUUGCAUAGCCAAGUUAACAAGAGAGCUUCCAAACAAGCUACAGAUUCAGCCCCUGGUGAUGAAGUUGUACCCUUUGUCCAUAUUUUCAGAACUUCAGCAUAUAGCAGAAUUACCGUUACACUUUGGAGAUGGUGAAACUGGUCUCCAUAUCUAAAGUCUCUGAUUAAGUAUGUCUAAGAUUCAAAAUACUGUAUUUCUACCAGUUAAUUGUUAAUCAUGGACGACAGGGAAAAGGACCAUAUUCCAUCAGUUACUGUAGUAGUUUGGGUAAGAAUGACCCCCUGUCACCUCAAAUGUUUGAAUACUUGGUCAUUAGAGAGUGCUACUAUUUGACAGGGAUUAGAAGAUGUGGCCUUGUUGUAGUGGAUGUGGUUUUGUUGGAGGAAGUGUGUCACUGGAUGUUGGGUUUUACGGUUUGAAAUGCUCAAGCCAGGCCCAGUGAUUCUCUCUCUUCCUGCUGUCAGUGGGAUCCAGAUGUAGAAUUCUCAGAUACCUCUCCAGAACCAUGUCUGCUUGCAUGCCACUGUGCUUCCUGUCAUGACAAUGGACUAAUCCUCUAAACUGUAAGCCAGCCUCUAUUAAAUGCUGUUCUUUAUAAGAGUUCCUGUGGUCCUGGUGUCUCUUCACAGCAAUAGAAGACUGACCAAGACAGUUAUGUUAGGAUCUCUGAGUGAUUUCAGCUUUAUUGUAAAUCCUUCUCAUUACUCUGGUGUUCUACCAUGAUUAUGCAGACUGUUUUAAUCAGAUCCUGCCUAAUUAAUACUCAUGAUAGAAAUAGGCUCUUGUCCCUGUUCUUACUUCCUGUGCCUUUGCUUUUCGUCCCUUAUGAGUAGCAAGAAUCUUGCUGUUAGGAACAAUAUUGAACUUUCCUACUAUCUACUGGAAGGCCAAGUGCAGGGGCAGGUGCACAGUAUCAUAGGAAUUGCAUUAGCCAAGGAAACAUGGGGUAAUGUGUGUUGGAAGAGUUUGAAAUCACCUAGUACUUUUAGUCUUCCCAUUCUCUAAAGUCCCCAAAGAAAGGCAUUUGUAUUUGUUGGCUCUGCAAUACACUGCACAGUGACCUCCUCUUCCCAUCCAUAGAGGAAGAAUUACAUUUAAUGGUUACUCUGAAAGGAAGUAAUUUGCCCAGAAUCCUAUAUUUAGAGUAAUAAAACCCAUGUUCCCAUCCUGCUCUGGUGUUUUUGUUAUUAUGAUCUUGGAGACCUUCCUUAAUUCCUUUAAGUUCCCAUGCAUUCAUUACUAAAAUAGGGACAAGAACAUCUUCUUCACAGAUGGCAGGAGGGUGAGUGUUAGUAUUGAAAACUAUUUAGAACAUAAUAUAAAACUCAAAGGACCACACACUCACUAUCACAUUCUCUCAAACAUGCAUCGUCAUGGAGAGAGCUGUGGGUAUGCUUGGAUUGUACGAAACCAUAAAGUUCCAUAAGAACAUACAUCCAUGGCACACCAUUGUCACAAUGUAUGAUGGAGACUUGUUUAAGUCUUUCUCUCAAAGUCCUACUCAAUGGGACAUCUUUAGAGGCUCCUUCUUUCAGAUAGAGAUAGUACUGAUUGGACCCGAAUGCUAACGAACUCUCUUGAAAGAUGGAUCCUGUUUUCACACAGGUUAUAGGUAGCAGGCUGUGAAUACCCAGAUUUCCAAAGCAACCUGUUGGAAGGAGCUGGGUGCUUGAGAAGGAAGAUAUAAGAGUCUCCUGGAUCUAGCCUUGGGAAUGAAUGACCUGAGUUAAUAUUAUAGAUCCAAAUGUACUUCUCUCUUCAUACACACCAAAAAUGUAGAAUAAGCCUUAUUCUUUCCAUAGAUGGGUACCAGUAGAGAGCAGGGCCUUGUAGAAAAGGCCUAAAGGUCUACUGGCCAGGAGACCCACACUCAUCCUCCUCACCCAGAUCCUCUUGAGCACCAUCUUCACAUAUAUGUCACUUCAAAUUGCUUUGGGGUUUUCUAGGAUAGCUAACUGCCCUAGCUGUGUCCAAGCCAAGGGGUGAGAAUUGAUUCUUCUUGAGACACACAGUUCUGACAUCCCUGCACUGUCUUUGCCUAAGCAUAGUGGUAUUCCUCUGCUUGGACUUGCCUUUUAAGUAGGCCCAGUUGAAAGAAUUCAAAUCUCUUGUCUACUAGGAAGUGCUUCAGCCAGCCCAAAACCCUUUCCAGCUACUCAGUACAUCCUGCCACGGAUGACCAGGAAAGCACACGGGAACAGUGGGGGUGUGGAGCUCAGCAAGCACUCCCUAUAGUGCGUAAUUAAAGAAAACACCUGUGUGGCUGCUAAAUCACUUCCCACUGUUUGCCUGUGCAGAUGCUGUGCUCAAUAACCUCACAAGUGCCUCAUUCCUUCCACCCAGCUGAGACAGCACACAGCGCGGGAAUGCAUAAAACUGGCGAGUUAUUAGUUCAGGACCCUAGAAAAGAUCUCUUAGGAUUGAUUUGUUAUUAGCUCACGAGGCCCUUGGUUAAGCUGGCUACAGGUUGGAAUGGCCAUCGGGCCUUCUCCCUUCAAACUGUCCUUGACUGAUCAGCCCUUGUAUCUUCCCAGAGGAAGCCCCCGAAGAGCCCUAGAGCUGCAAGAGCCAGCAAACCUUAGGCCACAACUUUAGUGCUGCAAUUGUGAGUCAGAUGCGAUUCCCCAGGGAGAAUAGCCAACAACAGUAAGAUGAGCUAUGAGCAGGGCCCAAUAAUUUUGUUGGAAACAUGGGGAAGAGAGAUGACAAUAAAUCAAAAGACAAGGCUAUCAACCUGAAGAGGCCGCUUCCUGACACUGAAGUUUAUGGGAUGCUUUAGUUACCACCAGAAUCUUAAGGGGCCGCAGCCCAGCAGACCAGAGGAUUCUUCCCUCCAUCAGCAGGGAGAUGGGUACUCAGAUUUAGUGUGAUGACAGGCUCACUUUGUAAUUUAUUUCUUCCAGGGCAAAACAACACUCUUUUCAGUGGGAGCCUUAGUGUACCUGAGCAAAUGAUAGAAUAAACUUCAAAGACCCAAUGAAGAGGAUUCCUGGAUACAGGAGCGGGUGGCUCAAAGGAACAAAAGUGUAUUGAGAAGUAGAGACACUCCAUUCUUUUGUCAUAUUUUGGUGAAUUUUGUAGGAAAGUUGUUUACCUUCCUGGGGAAAGGUACAUAUAAAAGAACAAGUUCCUUCUAUCUCUUUAAACAAUUGGCAUUGAUACUUUUUCCCUCUCAGAAGAAGUGCAUUGAGAAAUGCACUUCAGGCAUCUUGAUGGAUAGUCCUUAGUGAACAUUUAUUUGUCAAGCACAUUGUACCUACAUCCUUCCAAGCAGAGAGUGGAAGUAAGACAAGCAUGAGCCUCUCUUUAGGUGUGUGACACAUCAGUGAUUCUAUUUGUGUGGAAGGUUCUGAUGAAGAUAUUCAUGUGUCAUAGUUAGAGAUAUAUACUGGGUUGAUGAGGAGCAGAGAGGAAAGGUAGCAAGAGCUUCCUGGGAGAAAUUAAGUCUGUUCUGAUUAUUGAAGGAAAAAUUAGAGUUAUUUGUAGAUGAAGAUGGCAAGUAAUAAUGUUUUAGGGAGAGAGAUCAAUACCAUGCUAGAGGCCAGAUAAACUGGAAGAGUAGGGGCUACACAUAGGAGGCUUGGGUGGGCAAGUGUUGAGAUAUCAACAUAGCUUGGUUUACAACCAACAUACCUGCAGCCAAAGACUUAGAAAAGGUACUCCAUGGUUAAGAUACUUUUUCAGAUGAGACGUCUGGGGACCUUGGGCAUAACUUCCCAAUGAGCAGCUCCAUCUAAAGCAAUAUUGAGACAGAACAAGGCCAAAUAUGCCUACUGCAUAAUCUCUAGUUUUCUAUUUUAUCUACUUGUCCUCAUCUCUUUACUGUCAUCAUAGGAAAUGAACACGAUUCUUUGUGUGUCCAUACUUAACACUUGUGUAGAUAAUUAUCUCUUGGGAGCCAUACCCCAGAGAAAGGGGGCAUAUGAUUUGCACUUUGACCUUAGACAUGGGGCAGCCCUUCUCCUUAUUUAAUUGAACACAUGGAAGGCAUUGACAUUGGCCCACAGAAGGCUCAAAUAGAACUGCUUCUCAGAGGCAAAGAGACGAGAGUAGCAAAGAUUGGCAUCAGUCUGGUUUUGUAUACAAGACACUUGGUUUGACCUAUCAGCCUGUUCUAGGAUAUUUUCAUUAUGACAUCAAUUAGUUGAAAUAUUUUACCUAGCAUUCACAUUCCUCAGCAAGUUUUAUGGGAGUAGAAAUCAAGCCUGCACUAUCUUGGUAACCUUGACCUAGGAGCCCCAGAGCUCAAAUAUCAUUUACAGAUGGGCGUCUUUCAUGGUUUCUUCUGACUGCCACCCUCCCCAUACACUUUAAAUUUUUGUGUGUAGUUGGUAAUUUGAAUCCAGUAUAACUUCUCUUCCUCAGAGCAAUUGAUAGAAAAAUGUUGAUUUCAUUGUGCUACAGUGAUCUCACAUAUGUAAGCAGUUGGGCAGUUUCCUAUGAUGCUAAGGCUUUGGGACUACCAGCACCAUCUGUAGCUGUGUGAAUGUGAAUGCCAUGAGUUAAAUUCAGAAAAGGCUUGAACUGAAAACUUAAGUCCUGAGAGAGAGUUUCUUUCUGUAAGUGCACCUGAGCCCUAUCUCCUGCCCCACUCUCCUUGAUGCCUUGAUUACUAGCUAGUAACAAGGCUAGUAGCUCCUCAUCCCUCUGCGGCAGUUGCUCCAAGAAAUAUAGUCAACCUCAACAAUUUUCUGACCGAUCCUGAUGCAAGUGACCAUUAUAAGGGUAUUUCAAGAGCAUAUUCAAAAGAACUCUCAAACCCAUCUUUGAGCAUGUCUCUAAAAAACACAUCUGGGCUCUACCGUGUAAGUUCUCCUGGUAAAAAUAGUUUAAUAUGGAAAUUGUUUAGGUGUGCUAGUGCCACAGACAAGGUGGCUUAGUUUCUCACAGUUGUGAAGGCUGGGACUCCAAGGCAUUCUGGGGGUUCAGCUCCUUUUGAGAGGAUGUGAGAGGAAGUUCUGUUUAAAACUCUCUACUGGGCUGGCCAUCUUCUUCUGCUCAUGAUCUUCUCCCUGGGAAUAUGUGUUCAAGCCCUCCCCACCCCCUUUUAAAGUAAGGAUACCACUAAUGAGAUUAGAGUCUGAGCCAAUGACUUGAUUUGAUUUUAAUUUGUGACUUAUAGACAUCUCCAUAUAACGUAUACUUUAUAGAAUAUUGGCAUUAGUGGGUCAGGAGAGAAAGGAGGGCAGGCAGAGAAUGAACAAGAAACAAUUUGGUUUUGUUUUUUAAAAUGCUAUAAUGAAAUCUAAAAUUAUGUAUGUCAAUUACAAAAUUUAAAUAAAA